GCCAAGUCCGAGGAGCUCAGGUCGGAGGUCCAGCGCCUCAAGGCUGAGCUGGCGGAGGCCAACAAGGCAGCAGCAGCAGCGGCCGCGAAGGCCCCUGCCGACGAGCCCAGCAUGGGGGUCCAGGAGGGCGAUGCGGAUAAGGACGCAGCCCGGAUCGUCGAGCUCCGCGACCAGAUCGAUGGCCUCGAGAAGUUGCCCGACAGCAGUGGGGCGGUUGCUGCCCUGCGCACGGCGGCCAUCAAGGAGCUCAGCGAGUGCCGCGCUCGCCAGCUCAAUGCGAAGCCUCUUCCCAUCCAGAUCCAGCGGGUCUCGCAGCAGAUGGCGGUGGUGGAGAAGCGGACGGGGCUGGCCGCCAUCCAAGUGGAGUUGGUGGACUUGGAGGACCAGCGCACCAAGGUUGCGGCCAACUUUCCGCUGCCCUCCACCGUGGUCGAAGGCGCCCAGGCCUCACUCGACUCGGCGUUGCCGUCGGUGCGCAUGUCGACGGCCCAGCUUGAGCAGGUGGCCACCAACUUCGGCGCUGAUGCUGGCCUCGCGCGCGAGCUAGCUUCGGUCGUGCGGCGC